AUGGGAAGCAAGAGCGGAGAAGAGAAGAGAAGAGAAGAGAAGCAGGAACACCUCCUGGAGCCGACGAAACAACGGCCGAAGACGUCGAGCGACGCAGUCGUCACUUUCCGACGCGCAGGGCGCAGGCUAACAUUGACGAGCAAAAAGCACACGCCCCGAUCCAUAGGGGGGACGGAGGAGGCAAUGGGUGCAUGUUGUCGCCUCCAAGAAGCCCCAAAAGGCCCCCCAGAGGCGGUUCAUGCUGCACGCUGGGCACACGCCGCUGUCGUCUAUAAAGAGGCGCACUCGCACAUGCUGCUUAUGAGCAAUCCAGCUGGCAUUGGCAAAUAUCCGCCAAUCUCAAAAAACGCCACAAUCGACAGAGACUUUCGCCUGGAGGAGGGGGGGCAGGACCGCGGGCACCAAUGCUGA